GGUUCUCCACACAUCUAAAGUAAAAUCAGACAGUGACUAGAUUGUGAAGUUGAAUAAAAAUUUUACGAUUGGAUAGAAUCGAAUAAAAAUUAUCCAUAAAAGUGCUAUUUUUAAUGUAAAAAGUGCGCUUGGUGAACAGCUAAUCGUGCGGAGAUCUUAUCGGAUGCCACCAAUCAUUAAGAUUCGUUCGAAAUAGCAAGUAAAUCGUUUGUCGUAUGUAAACGCUGUUGAAGGCCUCGAAUUAAAUAGAUGCUGUUGUACAUUGGUUGUACGUUAGUGGGUAUAUUAUUAAAGGGAGUAUUCAAGUCAGCUUCCAAGGGCAUUGAUUUCGGCGCAAUGAGCGAGGACGUUGAAUCCCGUGGUGCUACGGGUGGGGUUCCAACCGGAGGAGCAGCCGCACUUGGACACCACCACCAUCAUCAUCAGCAGCAAUACGAAGGCAGUAUUGAAGAUAUUGACCGGCAGCUAGAAGCGCUUGACCAGGAAAGUGAUUCGGAUUCCGAGUCACUCGAAGAGCUGGACGCCUGCGAAAACAUUGAGGUAGUGAACCGUGCCGGCGAGUCGGCUGACGAUGACCAAGCCGGACCGGGACUGGACGUUACCGUCCGCUACACAAUCUGUCUAUUUUGCAAGAAGCCUUUUCAGCUGAAGAAGGAACUAAAGAAGCAUUUAUUUGAACACAUGAAAAACCUUAAGCCAAUGAAGGAGAAAAAGAUUGUAGAGAAGAAAUUCAAAUGCCACAAAUGCUUCAAGACCUAUACCGAGAAGGCUCGGGCAGAGAAGCACAUGACUAAAUGCAAGAAAGUUUCCAAACUGCUACUGGAUAUGAGUAACACAACUCCCGAUGGUAACCGGAUAUUAAGUGGUGGAAGCGACUUUGAAGGUGGUGGUGGUGGUGGCGAUAAGAAGAAGAAAUUCCGGGAACCUACCUCACCGAGAUCGUUGGUUUUCGAUCCGGAAUCUGAACAGGAUGAGCGAUGGGAACAUCGUGAGCGGAACACGGUGGUGCAUUUCGACGAACGGAAUAUUGCCCGGGGAGGAAGCACAGAUGAAUCACCGACAUCCCCACCGGCGGUCAGUGGCAGCGGUGGUGGAGGUGGCGGAUCGUACUACCAGCAGUACCAGAGGUGUAAGUAACGUGGCGUAUGGAUCCCCAAAAGACGAGUGAUCGAAGCAUUUCGCAACUGUAAUGGAAUAAAGUCGCUAGCUAUAAGAAUUCAUACACAGUAAUGCGUUAUGUAUGUUGUAAGUUACGGAAAUUUAGAAAACAAAAUAACAAAGGAAGAUGAGAGGGCCGAAUAUUUGUUGUUUCAUAUUAUGAACGCUAUUAUAAAACACUAAUCAAAUGACUGAAUAUGCCAUGUAGGUAUGGGGCGAAAAAGCAUAACAAAAAAUGAUUACGUUUCCCUACAAUUAAAAAAAUGCGAAAAAAUGGACUCAGGAUUUAACACACAAAUACACACAAGCAUAAAUCGACACAGAGUGAAGAGUAAAAGUAAAACAGAGAAGAAACUUAUCAACAGCUUACUAACAAAUCGUUCAACAAAAUAAACAAAUAAACAAUGUACGUUCAUCCCUUAGCGAAAGCGUGUGAAACAAAUGAAAAUGCCGUAAAACGAAAAUUCAUUGAUCAGCGGGGUAACGUUGAUCGGUUUGACCAAACGCGUGAAGUUCAAACAAACACUUUCUGUUGUUUACAAUGCAUGAAUGUUAUCUUCCAGUAUUCAUUUUUUUAAAUUAUUUAAUCAUUUUUUUUUUCGAUAUUUGAGCUGCGUAAAUUUUUCAACUUUUGGAAAGUUAGAUUCUUAUGAUUUCUAAUAUCUUUAUCAAACAAUCAUGGCUCACAUGAAUU